GGCAAACUUAACCUCAAUGUGAUGUUGACAUUUUGAUGUCGCGUCAGAAAUGAUGGUUCGUGUUACGUGAACGAAAAAAUUAAUCUCUGUAUCAUUGUCUUAUUUUUCCUUAAUUACUUUAUAUUAUUCAUAUCCAUGAAAACAUGAACAGCCUUGGUUUGAGUUUGAUACUUAAAAUGGGCUGCAUUUGCGCCAAAGAGACUAUAACCGUAAACGGUCGUAAAUACACCGUUCGUGAACAUCUUGGAGAUGGCGGGUUUAGUACCGUCUCUUUGGUAGAGGAUUCUUUGACACACGAAAAGUAUGCCAUCAAAAAAAUAGUCUGUCAUGGCCUGGAUGACCAAAGAUUAGCAGUCAAAGAGAUAGAGUACCAUUCAAUGCUUAAACAUCCAAACAUCAUAGAAUGCAUUGAUUCUACACACAAAGGAACUGCUGAUCCUGUUGUCAAUGCAACAAGCGAAGUUUUGCUAGUCUUACCAUAUUACCAUAAAGGAACAUUGGCAAGCGAAUUAGAAAGAAGGAGUAAGAAAGAGGACCAUUUUUCUCCUCUAGAGGUCCUCAAUAUUUUUCUACAGAUAUGCGAAGGUGUUAAGGCUUUCCACGAAGCAAAACCCGAACCACUUGCCCAUCGUGACCUCAAAACUGCAAAUAUUGUAUUGGGCGAUGGUUACACACCUGUCAUUAUGGAUCUUGGCUCAGUUGCACCUGCAAGAGUCAAAGUGUGCGGAGCUCAUGCUGCUCAGACUCUUCAAGAUGUAGCUGCUGAAAGAUGCUCCAUGCCUUAUCGAGCACCUGAAUUAUUCAAUGUCGAGAGUUAUUGCAUGGUUGAUGAAAGGACUGACAUCUGGUCCCUGGGUUGUAUAUUAUACGCAUUGUGUUACUUCAAAUCACCAUUUGACGCGGUUUACGAAAGAGGUGACAGUGUCGCUCUUGCAGUGAUAAGUGCAAAUAUCGCGUUUCCCGAAGAUUCGCCGUACAACGAGGACAUGGAAAAACUCAUUUUAUCAAUGCUGAAAGUCAAUCCCAUGGAACGUCCAUAUAUUUAUAGUGUAAUUGAAGGGGUGCAAGAUGCCAUAGCGACCAUUGAAGGAAGAGCUUGAAGCAGUCCUGUUUUUUUACGAUUUCGAAGGCCAUAUGCGUGAUUCGAGCCUGAAAAAGAUUUUUUUUUAACAAAAUCUCAAGAUUUGCAUCUUGAGAAUGGAACAAAUUUUAAAAAAGAAAAUAAUGCCUGAAAUACCAAUACAAAUCUACGACGAACUCUUUUAGAAAACCUCAAACCAAAUGAUAUUACAAUUGAACCAACUAAAAUGAGUUGAAAAAAUCAUAACAAAAGCAAUUCUUGUUGCGUUUCGACAAUGCAAACUUCUAUGCUACUGCAAAAGGAAAGUGCUUUCGUUCGUCGAAAGUACAAAAUGAACAGAUGCGAAAAACAAGACGAACGGACCAACGAAUUUUUGCAAAUACACUUCAAAACAUUCUACGAAUUAUUCACGUUGUACAUAAUUUUAACAAAUUGAAAUACAUGUUUGCAUAAUGAAUGUAAAAAACUAAA